AAGAGCGUGUACUGGCUUUUAUUAAAAGUGGUUGUUUUCUUGUUGCAGGCUAAAGAACAGAAGAUUUUGCACAGAGCAGAGUCUUCCCUUAAUCAGACGCAGGCUGAGAGCAGCAGUGACAACCCUAUGGUUUCAUCUGCCUACAACUGAAGUCAUCUCUAGUUGUAGUUUUGCUCUCAGUUGCUGUGCUUCUCAGGAGAGAUUUUCAUGGAUCUCAACAGUGCUAGCACUGUUGUGUUGCGAGUCUUGACGCAAGCUACUAGCCAAGAUACUGCAGUGUUGAAGCCAGCUGAGGAACAACUGAAGCAGUGGGAGACACAGCCAGGUUUUUAUUCAGUCUUGUUGAAUAUCUUUACAAAUCAUAGCCUUGAUGUGAAUGUAAGGUGGUUAGCUGUGCUGUACUUUAAAAAUGGAAUUGAUCGCUAUUGGAGACGAGUGGCACCACACGCUCUCUCUGAAGAAGAAAAAACUACAUUACGUGCUGGACUUAUCACCAACUUUAAUGAGCCAGUGAAUCAGAUAGCUACUCAGAUCUCUGUACUGAUUGCCAAAGUUGCAAGGGUGGACUGCCCAAGGCAAUGGCCGGAACUUAUACCCACUCUUGUAGAAUCAGUGAAGGUGCAGGAUGAUCUUCAACAGCACAGAGCGCUACUUACCUUUUAUCAUGUUACGAAGACCCUGUCAUCCAAACGGCUUGCUGCAGAUAGAAAACUUUUCUAUGAUCUUACAUCAAGUAUUUAUAGCUUUGCAUGUUCCUUGUGGAAUCAUCAUACAGAUACAUUCCUACAGCAGAUUUGUGCGGGGAAUGAAGCUGCAGCUGCAAAUUCACUAGAAAGGACCUUGUUGUCAUUGAAAGUCCUUCGGAAACUAACGGUUCAUGGCUUUGUAGAACCUCAUUGGAAUGCAGAGGUGAUGGGUUUUCUACAUGCUGUAUUUGAACGGCUGAAACAGUUUCUGGAGUGUAGUAGAAGUGUAAGAGCAGAAAGCAUAUGCAGAGAUCGUCUAGAAAAGAUUAUAAUUCUGUUCACUAAAGUGCUUUUGGACUUCCUGGAUCAACAUCCUUUUUCAUUCACUGCUUUGAUUCAGAGAUCAUUGGAGUUCGCCGUGAGCUAUGUUUUCACAGAAGCUGGUGAAGGAAUUGUAUUUGAGCAGUUUAUUGUACAAUGCAUGAAUCUCAUUAAGAUGAUUGUAAAAAAUUAUGCAUAUAAGCCAUCCAAAAAUAUUGAAGACAGCAGUCCUGAAACUCUUGAAGCACAUAAGAUAAAGACAGCAUUUUUCACAUACCCAACACUAAUGGAAAUAUGUAGGAGAUUAGUCACUCACUAUUUCUUGCUGACAAAGGAAGAAUUGACUAUGUGGGAAGAAGAUCCAGAAAGCUUCACUGUAGAAGAGACAGGAGGAGAUUCUUGGAAGUACAGUCUCAGACCAUGCACAGAAGUUCUUUUUAUUGAUAUUUUCCAUGAAUAUAAUGAGAUUCUUACCCCAGUGCUUUUAGAAAUGGUUCACAGUCUACAAGGAUCUACGAACAUAGAAGAUACCAAUGCUAUACUGAUCAAAGAUGCUGUGUAUAAUGCGGUUGGACUGGCUGCUUAUGAACUAUUUGAUAGUGUGGAUUUUGAUCAGUGGUUUAAAAAUCAACUAUUAGCAGAACUACAGGUUUCUCAUGACAGGUAUAAACCAAUACGCCGACGAGUAAUAUGGCUGAUUGGGCAGUGGAUUUCUGUAAAAUUCAAAUCAGACUUGAGACCUGUUUUGUAUGAAGCAAUUCGUAACUUACUUCAAGACCGUGACUUAGUGGUCCGUAUUGAGACAGCUACAACACUGAAGUUAACUGUAGAUGACUUUGAGUUCAGAACUGACCAGUUCUUACCAUAUCUGGAAUCCAUGUUUACACUGCUCUUUCAGCUACUACAGGAAGUAACACAGUGUGACACUAAAAUGCACGUUCUUCAUGUUCUGUCUUGCGUGAUUGAAAGAGUCAAUGUGCAGAUACGACCGCAUGUAGGAUGUUUGGUCCAGUAUUUACCCCUCCUUUGGAAGCAGAGUGAGGAGCACAAUAUGCUACGAUGUGCCAUUCUAACCACCCUAAUCCAUCUUGUCCAGGGACUGGGAGCAGACAGCAAGAAUCUCUAUCCUUUCCUACUUCCAGUUAUUCAGCUCAGUACAGAUGUUUCUCAGCCUCCGCAUGUCUAUCUUCUGGAAGAUGGUUUAGAGCUGUGGUUAGUGACACUGGAGAAUAGUCCAUGUCUUACACCAGAGCUCCUGAGAAUAUUUCAGAACAUGUCUGCCCUCCUUGAGCUGAGUUCAGAAAACCUCAAAAAUUGCUUUAAGAUCAUCAAUGCUUAUAUUUUCUUAUCAUCAUCUGAAUUUUUACAGAUGUAUGCUACUGACUUAUGCCGGUCAUUUUGUGAACUUUUGAAGGACCUAACUACUGAAGGUCAAGUUCAAGUUUUAAAGGUUGUAGAAAAUGUCCUAAAAGUAAACCCUGUAUUGGGUCCCCAAAUGUUUCAACCCCUUCUGCCAUCAGUAUUCAGGGGGAUUAUAGAUGGGGAGAGAUACCCAGUGGUGAUGUCUACUUAUCUGGGGAUCAUGGGUAGAGUUCUACUACAAAAUGCAAGGUUUUUUUCGUUACUUCUGAGCCAGAUGGCAUGUGAAUUGGGUCAGGAGUUGGACCAAGUUCUUGGUAACAUGAUUGAAAUGUGGGUUGAUCGGAUGGAUAACAUCACUCAGCCAGAAAGAAGAAAACUUUCUGCUUUGGCAUUGCUUUCUCUUCUGCCAUCAUUGAAUGGUGUAAUCCAAGACAAAUUUUGUGGUAUCAUCAACAUUUCAGUGGAAGGACUACAUGAUGUUAUGACUGAAGAUUCUGAAACAGGAACAUAUAAAGACUGCAUGUUAAUGUCUCAUUUUGAAGAACCCAAAGCUACAGAUGACGAGGAACCUCCCACAGAACAAGACAAAAGGAAAAAAAUUCUUGCACUGAAGGACCCUGUACACACUGUGUCAUUGCAGCAGUUCAUCUAUGAGAAGCUAAAGGCACAGCAGGAAUUAAUGGGAGAACAAGGUUUUCAGGCCCUUAUGGAAACUGUGGAUACAGAAAUAGUUGCCCAGCUACAAGAAUUUUUACAAGGCUUCUAAAUAAGAAGAAAAAAGAUUUUGUAUGUCUAAUUUUUCUUUCCAAAAAAAACCCCAAAAGAACUUCAGCAUUCCAUCUUGUAUGGAAGAGCCUAAUGAAAAGUGAAAAUAACUUGUGUUAAAAAAUAAAAAUAAGUUUCUUCUGUUGCUAUUAAA